AUGGCUUCGGGAGCAGGAGGAAUAGGAGGGGGCGCUGGCGGCGGCGGCGGUGGCGGCAAAAUCCCGAGGAGGCGUUGCCACCAGCGGUCAACUGAGCCUUACCAGCAAGCCCAAGGUCAGGGCAUUCUUAGCAGGGUCACAGAACCUGUUAAGAAUAUUGUGCCACAAUGGCUACAGAGCUACUUCAGCAGGAAUGAAGAUGUAUGCAGCUGCUCAACAGCCAGGACAGAGCCACCACAGUGUCCAGUCAAUCAAGAUGAGAAUGUGAUCAAUGAUGAUGAGGAGAGCGCUGAUAUUCAUGAUGGCAGAAUCACUCCUGAGCCAACAGUCAGUAAUAUGGAAGAUCACUCAGGACUUAAUGCUUCAAAUUGUUUACACAUGGUAACGAGUCCUGCUCAUCAGAGCCAUUUGAAUUCCAUGUUGGAAUCUCCUGUAUUAGACUGUCAGCCCUCCACAUCCUCGGCAUUCCCGUCGGGCAGUUCUGGAUUUUCAAAGGAAAUGAAAGAUUCUGCCUCUCAGCAUGAUGAUGAUAACAUCUCAACAACUACCAGUGAUUUUUCUUCAAGAGUUUCUGCUGAAGAUAUAGCUGCUUCAAAGAACACUUCAGUGUCACUUCUGCAGCCCGUAGAGACUGAACAUUGUCAUUUGCUCUCACAAGGCACUGCCACUAGCUCCAGAAAACAAGCAUUCAAUGAAUCUGUGUCUGGAACACUUUCCUCAGUACCAGUCAGAAGAGAGAUGGAAGCUCAGCAACUCAAUGAACAAUCCUGUGGUUUGAUGAGUUCAACAGCUCAGCAAAUGUUAUUGCAGUGUUUAGAAAAGAUGUCAAGUCCAUUGCUGGACGCCAAAAGAAUUCCAUGUGUUUCUUCUCCACUGAAUUCUACCGGAAAUGAAACAAAUACACCACCAGGACAAAGUAGAGAACAACAAGAAAGUGGUGUUUCUUAUCCAAAUGUCAGUAUGUCUGCAGCCAAUGGUUUACCCUCUGGAGUAGGUAAUGGAGGUGGCAAGAUGAGACGGGAGAGAUCACGCUUUGUGACAACUAAACCACUACAGAAGAAGGCACCAGUCAGAAGACAAAUGAAAACCAAGCAACUCAAUAUGGAAUCCUGUGGUGUGAAUAGUUUACGAGCUCGGCGAAUAUCACAGUGUUUAGAGAAGUUGUCCAACCCACUUUUGGAUGCACUAAGUACUCUAUAUACUGAUUCUUCUCCCUUGAAUUCUCCUCUUGAUAGGAGUGGGACAGUCACCACCACAGAUUUGGGGGCCAACACGCAAAAGGUUGGAGUCACAUUUAGUGAGCCUGUUGCAAAAACAGCAGAACUUUCUGAGUCUAGUAGUAUUUCAGAACCAAUUACAAAUAGUUCAGGUAUCACAUCACCAAAGACAGAUUCCCUUGCUGCUCAGCCUACCACCACAGGCCCUGCUGUGUCUACAAGACCAGGAAUAAAUAGUUUGUCUUCUAGUAGAAUUGGGACAACUAGAUUGCCGUGGCAGCGUGAUCCUUAUCUAUAUGUGAACAAAGUUACAGGCAACAACUGCAUUGUCCAUCAAGAAACAAAGCUGCCACCAAGUGAUACUGCUAAACAGGCUGAAAUUGGAACACCAAGAAAAAGUGGCAGACCAACUCUGCGUGCAUCGGGAACAGGUUGUCGAGACAAAAUUAAACCAGCAGUAGGAACUUGGAAUUGCGAUACCUGUUCAAUGAAAAAUAAACCAGAAGUGAGAAGAUGUGUAGGUUGUGAAACACUCAAACGUGGAAUUUGUUUUAAGAGAGUCCUUACGUUGCCAGUAGCUUCAGAAAGAGCUGUAACCAUGGCUGCUUCAUCUUCCAGCUGCACUGUGACCACUGGUGCCUUAGGAUUAGGAAAUAAAUCAGAAAAGCUUGCGGGGUAUUGGCAGUGCCCUGUAUGCUCUAAUUAUAAUAAUAGAAAAAACAAGAAAUGUGCGACCUGUAUAUGUGAGAUACCAGGAUCAUCCUUUGUAUUUGCCACUGGACCUUCAGCGCUAUUUGCCAGCCCAUUUUAUGUGAACCAGACCGCAACGUUUGGACAAAGUCAAGGUGCCGGCCAGCCGAAUCCCCCAGGCUUUGGAUAUUUGCCAUUUUACACAGUGUUAGUUUUUGAUGGUUGUCGGUCUGCACCACCUGCUUUAGGGACGAUGUCAAGCAGUAGCCAGUCUCCCGUGUUUGGACAACAGCCUGGUCAGUCUGCAAUUGGCCCUGGAGCAGCACCUACUUCCAGGGAGCAGAACCUGGACCCCUCCAUGAAAGGCAGCCAGCACUUCAUUUGACGGCCACGGGACCUAUGUCCCAGGUCAUUCUGAGACAACACCAGCCUCAUCUUGAAAACGUGCUGCGGCCCAGCAGGACUCAGACCAAUGUGGAGAUGCCAUGUGCUUCCUGGGCCGCCUCCUUUCCCCUCCUGAGCAGGAAGAAACAGCGGUGCUUUGUCACCUGAGUGAAUCGACAGCUUCUCUAUUUUCAACAAAGACAGAGAACUGAAAAUUCUGGAUUACAGAAUGGCAGUAUUUUUCUUUUCCCUUAGUAUACACCCUAUUGUGUAGAAACCUCCACAGAUUCAAACAAACUUAUACAAUUUUAAUCACUUCUUACUGUAGAAUCUGGA